AUGGACCGCAGCAUACACUAUGUGUCUGGGCUACAAGGAGACCACAGAGAUCCCACCAGCCACGUGAGGACUCUUGACCGGAGUGGCCUGUCCUCGGACCCACGGAAGUCAGAGCUGCCCAUGCAGGAGUCACUCUUCUUCGAUGAAAGCAUCUCUGCGCGAGAGGCGGGUGCUGUUCCCCCUGGCACCGCUAGAUGGAGGAAGCGCCCCGCCGAAAGCGCCUCAACCACCCUUGGCUCCCAUCGGGUGGCCAAGCGGCCAAAAGUAGAUCCAGAGCCACACUCAGCUCCCAACCCAGGUGCCAGCGCGGACUUUGCGUCCACAGAGUCCACCUCACGAUACAGUUCAGUCUCUGAUGCUUGCCUGGACUACACAGCCACUAUAUACCUCCGGCAGCGCUGGACAGACCCACGGCUGGUGUUCGAAGGCAACAAGAGCUUCACUCUAGACGCCCGUCUUGUGGAGUUCCUCUGGGUACCAGACACAUACAUUGUGGAGUCCAAGAAGUCCUUCCUCCAUGAAGUCACGGUAGGAAACAGGCUCAUCCGCCUCUUCUCCAAUGGCACGGUCCUGUACGCACUCAGAAUCACAACAACUGUUACAUGUAACAUGGACCUGUCUAAAUACCCUAUGGACACACAGACCUGCAAGUUGCAGCUAGAGAGCUGGGGAUACGAUGGCAAUGACGUGGAGUUCACCUGGCUGAGAGGGAACGAUUCUGUGCGUGGGCUUGAAAGCCUACGCCUUGCUCAGUACACCAUCCAACAGUAUUUCACCUUGGUCACCGUAUCCCAGCAGGAGACAGGAAACUAUACACGAUUGGUUUUGCAAUUCGAGCUUCGGAGGAACGUCCUGUAUUUCAUUCUGGAAACCUACGUCCCUUCCACUUUCCUGGUGGUGUUAUCCUGGGUUUCGUUUUGGAUCUCUCUUGAUUCAGUUCCUGCCAGAACCUGUAUUGGAGUGACAACUGUGUUGUCCAUGACCACGCUGAUGAUCGGCUCCCGCACAUCCCUACCCAACACCAACUGCUUCAUCAAGGCCAUGGAUGUGUACCUGGGAAUCUGCUUCAGCUUUGUGUUUGGGGCCUUACUGGAGUACGCAGUUGCUCACUACAGCUCCUUACAGCAGAUGGCAGUCAAAGAUAGGGGGACAAUGAAGGAAUCAGAAGAUGUCAAUAUUACCAACAUCAUCAACAGCUCCAUCUCCAGCUUUAAACGAAAGAUCAGCUUUGCCAGCAUUGAAAUUUCUGGUGACAAUGUCAACUAUAGUGACUUGACAAUGAAAGCCAGUGACAAGUUCAAGUUUGUCUUCCGAGAAAAGAUUGGCAGAAUUGUCGAUUAUUUCACAAUUCAAAAUCCCAGCAAUGUGGAUCGGUAUUCCAAACUACUAUUUCCUUUGAUUUUUAUGUUAGCCAAUGUAUUUUACUGGGCAUACUACAUGUAUUUUUGA